AUGUCAGAAUCAACUUUAUCAACUAAAGGCAACAGUAAUAAAUCUGUUUCAUCACCCAUAACUUCUAAAUCUCUAUUUUCGUUCUUUGGCUCGCAUUCUAAUCAUAGUCGUCAAUCUUCACAGCAACUUAGUUCUCAUGGCAACGAUUACAGUAAAAAAGAUAAAAUAAUUCACCGUCAUAGUUUUACCCCUUCUAUAGAAGUUAAAGAGACGAACACUAUGUACAAGGACUAUGAUCCUAAUACAGGAAAUAAGAUUAUUAACAAGUAUAUGCUAGUUAGAGAAUUAGGCAGAGGAGUGCAUGGUAAAGUAAAAUUAGGAAAGGAUAUGGAAUUUGGUGAAUGGGUUGUGAGACAACGUAAUGAUCUCACGAAUGAACAAAAAAUUAGAAAAGAAAUUGCGAUACUGAAAAAAUGUAUCCACCCACACGUCGUAAGAUUAAAAGAAGUUAUUGAUGAUCCGAUGAGCAGAAAGAUUUAUAUGGUAAUCGAGUACAUGGAAGGUGGAGAAAUACAAUGGAAAGAUGAAUACGAUCGACCUAUUAUGAGCGUAGAGCGGGCAAGACAAAUUUUUAGAGAUGUUGUGUUAGGUUUAGAAUACCUUCACCAUCAAGGAAUUAUACAUCGCGAUAUAAAACCAGCCAAUCUAUUGCUUACGGGCGAUAAUGUAGUUAAAAUUUCCGAUUUUGGUGUAUCACAUUUUAGUCAAAAAAAAUCGACGUUAACCUUACGUGGAAAGCAUCAAACAAAAACUUCGGAAGACUCAGAUUUAGCAAAGACUGCAGGAAGUCCAGCUUUUUUUGCUCCAGAAUUAUGUUUUCCCGGUGACUUAACGCAAGACAUGUCGUCUGCCUCGAUUAUUUCAGAUAACGCAUCAUAUUCUUCUGAUCAUUCUUCUGAAUCGAAUUCGCAGUCAAAUAAUGCUAUCAAUAUGCGAACACAACGACCUCCUAAAACAAAAGCAAUUGAUAUAUGGGCACUCGGUGUGACCCUUUAUUGCUUUAUUUUCGGUCGAUGUCCCUUUAUAGCUGAUACCGAAUUCGAGCUAUUUUUCAAUGUCAUUCCAAAGCAGCCUUUAGGAUUUCCUGAAGGCAUACCGGUAUCGGAUGAUUUAAGGGAUUUGCUUAUGAAGUUAUUAGAGAAAAAUCCAAAGAACCGAAUUACUUUGGAAGAAGUCAAGAAACAUCCAUGGGUUGUGGCAGAUAUACCAAAUCCGGAGAAAUGGCGCGAAGAAACAGAUCCAAAGAGAUAUAAAGCUGUCACAGUAACUGACGAAGAAGUCAAAAGCGCCUAUACUUUGAAAGAUCGGUUAAAAAAGAAAUUUCGAAAGAUUUCAUUAUCACUUGGAAACCUUACCAUAGGAAAUCUUCGUAAACGCUCCAAAUCUAUAUCAGAAGGAUUAUCAUCUUUGGGAUCUCCCAUCUAUUCACAUAAAACUCAUUAUCAAUCAUCAUCAUCUCCGAUCAAUAUCCUUCCAUCUGACGAAAAUCAAACAUUGCAAGUUGCACAUCAACGUCAUCAAAGUCUUUACGGAUCUAGUUUUCCUGAAAUAUACGCACGUCAAAAACACAAGGAUAUUGAAAAUUAUGUAGAUGAUGAUACAAAUUCACAACAAUGGGAUAAGGCAGAAUAUUAUUUAUCGAGAAAUUCAAGACAAUUUGCAAUGAAAAGACUCUCGAACAAUUCACAUAGUUCCUUAUCUAAGAGUUGGAUUUAUGACGGGGAGGAUAAAGAGGAGAAUAUAAUAGUACAAGAUAAAAACAUUGAACAUGAUUCGUUAAACCAUAAUAAAUCACGGACGGACAAUGGAAAAAAUAAAUAUUUGAUGGUAAUAAAUAGACCAAAUCCAAAUUUAUCAAACAAUAUUAAUACGACGAAUACGUUGGUACAACCAUCGCAGACUGAUCAAGGUUUAGAAACGACUAGUAGAGAAAAUAUAGAGAUUCUUGAUACCAUGGAUAGUGAUGAAGAAGAUGGUGUUGUAUUUGGGGCCAAUGCUUCACGUGGAUGGUAUACACCACAAGUUCUUAAUCCGCACACUUCAAACGAUCCAAACAAUUCGAACAAUUCUGACAAUGUCUGUGCACCACAUGAUGGGAAAAAUAAGUCGCCAUCAGGAAAAACAAAAGGGGGAGGAAAUGAUGGUGGGAAAAGUCCAAAUGGAGGUGAACCAACUCCAAAGGAAGGUGGAAAAGCUCCAGCCGGAGAUGGAAAAGCUCCUGGCGGAGGUGGCGAUGGGAAGGCUCCCGGUGGAGGUGGUGGUGAUGGAAAGGCUCCCGGUGGAGGUGGUGGCGAUGGAAAGGCUCCCGGUGGAGGUGGAGGCGAUGGAAAGGCUCCCGGUGGAGGUGGCCCAGACGGAGAUGGAAAAGCUCCUGGUGGAGGUGGCCCAGGCGGAGAUGGAAAGGCUCCCGGUGGAGGUGGCCCAGGAGGAGAUGGAAAGGCUCCCGGUGGAGGUGAACCGACUCCAAAGGAAGGUGGAAAAUUUCCCGAAACUGCUUUUCUUGGCUAUGCUCUCUUUUCAAAAGCUAAAGUCGCAACAGCAAAUACACAACAAGUUAAUGGUUUAAUGACAUUCUUUCAACCGCCGGAUGGAGAAACCACAAUUUCAGGAAAAAUAAGUGUCCCAUUAAAUAAAUUAGAUGGAAAUUAUAGAUUCGUUAUUAUGGACGGUAAUCAACUUCUGCAUGAAUUUACUGGACUAUUUGUCCCAAUGUCUUUUGGUCAGGCUACAUUAUUUAGCUUUACUUUGAAUUCGGUUAGAUUAGAUGGACCUAAUUCUAUCGUUGGAAAAUAUUUCACCAUUUAUGAAUCUGAUGCAAUACUUACCUAUGGUCUUAUAGAACAAGAAUUUUAA